GCGCCUGCUGCAGGUUGAUCAGUCUCAGCUCUGCCUCUCACAGGCUCGCUGGCCGAUCUGGAGCUUAUUAAGGAUGGCUGAACCGCCUCGGUCAUGUGACUGUUUUGUAUCUCUUCCUCCGGGUUCGAAAGAAGAUUAUGUGAUAUUUGGUAAAAACUCUGAUCGUCCGCGGGAUGAGGUGCAGGAGGUGGUGUAUUACCCGGCGUCUUCACACCCUCCUGCCUCUACUGUGGAGUGCACAUAUAUUUCCAUUCCUCAAGCGGAGCACACUCAUGCAGUGGUGCUGAGCAGACCUGCCUGGCUCUGGGGCGCUGAGAUGGGAGCCAACGAACACGGUGUGUGUGUCGGAAAUGAGGCCGUGUGGACCAAAGAGCCUGUGAAUCCAGAAGAGGCUCUGCUGGGAAUGGACCUGGUUCGGCUGGGCCUGGAGCGAGGGGACAGUGCUCGGGCAGCUCUGAAUGUAAUCACAGCCCUGCUGGAGCAGUUUGGUCAAGGUGGAGCCUGCAGAGAGACCACCGAACCUUUUAGUUAUCACAACACCUUCUUAUUAGUGGACCGACAGGAAGCCUGGGUGCUGGAGACCGCUGGGAAACUCUGGGCUGCACAGAAAGUCACAGAGGGUGUAAAGAACAUCUCUAACCAGCUGACGAUAGACUCCGAGAUCUCCGCUGAGCAUCCGGAUCUACGCGCUGUGGCUCAAGCUCAGGGCUGGUGGAGUGGAGAGGGAGACUUCAGCUUCACUGCCGUCUUCAGCCCUGAUCAUCCGCCCGCCAGAAUGGAAAUGGCCAAGCAACGCUACAGGGGCGGCACAGCCCUGCUCCAGCAGCACAACGGCUCUGUGACGGCAGAGGUGAUGAUGAGUAUCCUGAGGGACAAGGCCAGCGGGAUCUGUAUGGACUCAGAGGGUUUCCGCACCACUGGCAGCAUGGUGUCCAUCCUCCCUCGCAACCCACACAUGCCCUGCGUUCACUUCCUCACUGCCACACCAGACCCGUCCAGGUCUGUAUUCAAGCCUUUUAUCUUUUCGGAGAGUGUGAGGCCGGUCAGUAUGGUGAUGUCCCCUCAGUAUGGCCCAGGCGACCCCGUCAGGACACUGCCUCGAUUCCAGCACCAGGUGGACCGCAAACAUGAGCUCUACAAAGCCCACCAGACGGCCAAUACCGGCUCUGAUGCUGGAGUCUCUCUACAGGACACUAUGAGGUACCUGGAGUCUCAGUGUCUGGAGGAGAUUGAGGCCAUGCUGAGAGGCGAGGUUCAGGGCCAGGAGCUCGGGGAUCUGUUCUUCGACUGCGUGGACGCAGAGAUCAAAUUCUACCAGUGAAACAGAGCAGUUGUUGUUGUGAGUGUCACUAGUGCUUGCUGAUCUGCCUGGAGAGAGAACAAGACAGAGAGAGUCCAGACAGAGCGCACAGGUUCCUGCCUGCUCUCCUAGUUCCCCUGAUGCCAUGCCAAACUAAUCGUGAUGUCCAUGCCACCCUAACUGUAACUUUAAAAACACACACACAUUAGAUGUUGAUGUGAGUGGAUCACCAUAAUCAUGUGUAAUUGUCACCCAGGGUGUUCAUAUAUGCAUCACAUUAACCGGUUCGUGAUAGAUUACUAAGGUGUGUAUGUGCUGUGGGUAGAUGUGUGAGAGAAGAGAUGUUAGUGAAAAACACUUCUCAUUCCUGUAAGAGACGGGCUCAGCUACCAGACUGACCCUCUGAGGAGAAACACAAUAAAAUGUCCAUGAUUCAAAA